CAGUCAUUAACCGGAAGUGCAGACCUGGGGUGACUGCACAGAGGAAGACAACAUAUUCUCGCACGUGUUGCGUUUCUGAAGGGUUCAGAAGUGACAUAUCCCAUAUCCAUGGCGUCUAGAGGUGGUAAACAUGUGUCCGGCUCAGAUGGAAGUGACUUCCUGCACCGAGAACGGGUGGCAGACCACUAUUUAGCGAGUGCCAAGAUGAAGACCACAGCAAAGCAGUGCAUGGUGGGACACCUUGUGCUGGUAGCGCUGGUGCUGAGCCACGCCCUCCUGGGGCAGCUGGGCUUCCUUGACCCGCCCGCCAGGAUCUGGGAGAAGAUCUGGAUCCUGAGCGCCAUUCCCGCCCUGUUCGGCGUGCAGUCCCUUCCCAGGAGCAAGGUCAACCACAUGAAGGGCUUCUUCUACGGGAGUAUCGUACUGGGCCUGCUGCCGCUGGGCUGGGGAGUCGUGGACCUGAUUCCUGAGCUCAGAACUGCCACACUGUUCAUGUUCGGUUACCCUGCAGCUUAUAUCUACUACACAGGCAUUACUGUGGGAGCAGUGCUACAUGUGCUGGGGCUGUACUACAGUAGGAAGUUAGUAGAAGCCUGGACUGCUAAAGGGCAGAAGAGACAGUAAUUCUGUAUACUAGUAGAAAGGAUAAAACAGGAUCGGAAUUCUCUACACAAUUGCCAUUGCAGCCUUUAAUCUGGUAUUGCCUAACAGUGUUAGUAAUUUUGUAUCACCUAACAGUUAGAGUGUUUUCCUGUUUUAAUACUGUGUAUCAACUAGAAAAUCUCUGAGGAAAGGCUGUUUGCAUGAUACUGCAGGCUAGGGACAAGACAACAAUAAGUGUAAAAUGAAUAUUA